AUGCACAUCUGCAGUCCGUUCUCUGCCCGCUCUCUGAUGGGAACCGAGGCGAAGGUGGACAGACUGACGCUGCAAAGGACCCAGUUGUCGGAUCCGAGGGUUGGACUGACCCCAGACAUCCUCGUCCUCCUCACCAUGGAGCUCCUCACCAUGGAGCUCAUCCUCAUCCGAAGGAGACAGACUGCUCUCCGGGAGAAACUGAAGGGGAGCCGAAAGAACAGCAAUGCUAAUCUUACAUGGGUUGCAUGGCACUACUUUGACUUGUUUUGUUCCAUUCUAAUUCAAUUGUACUGCAACUCCAGAUCUGAACAGACAUUUGAGUACACUCCUCCAGAGGCACUCCUUAAUUCAAACUGGUUUCAAGGAUCAAGAAGUGCAAGGCUUAAGUAUGACAUCUGGAGCGUUGGAGUUGUCAUGCUAGAGUUGAUGAUGGGUUCUCCCCAUGUUUUUCAGAUAAGUGACCGUACACGCAUUUUAAUGGAUCAGCAUCUCGGAGGGUGGAGUGAACAAACAAAGGAGCUUGCAUACAAGUUGAGGUCAUACAUGGAGUUGUGCAUUUUAGUCCCAGGGAUUUCCUCGCAACAUCAUGGCAGUGGUAGCCCAGAACAGGGUCAAUUUGGGUUAGCUUCUUGGAAAUGCUCUGAAGAAUCAUUUGCACAUCAAGUGAAGAUCAGAGAUCCUCUCAAGAUUGGUUUUCCUAAUUUAUGGGCGUUGCGACUUGCACGCCAGCUACUUGUGUGGCAUCCUGAGGAUCGGCUAAGUGUCGAUGAAGCACUAAAUCAUCCUUACUUCCAGGAGCCAAUGUAAUGUAAGGAGAGGAGAUUAGUGAUAACUAACCGACGAAUCUUCAGCUCGGUCCUUUCAAGU